AAAAAAAAAUAAAAAUGACAUAAUAUGUAUAUGUACACAGUCAGUCCACAUGUAGCAGCAUUGCCCCCUGGUGGAAGACCAUGGACUCGACGGCGACGCGACGUUCUCAGUGUGUCAGUCGGAGGUCGCAGCGGGUCGAGAAGCACGCUGAGCGGACCUGAAGAGCUUCAGGAAGUACAGGCGAUGAUCGGACCUUCAGCUCUGAAUGUAUUUAAGUCACAGCCUCGUGAAGAUCAUUCGUAAAAGCCCCACAUUUCGUCAUGCCGGAAUCAAAGGUCACGAGGUGGGUGUGCCUGUGGCUCCUGGCCUGGUGGGCGGGCCCCGCCCUGGGCUACAGAAACGGGCGGGUCCAGGAGGUGUGCGGGAGCAUGGAGCCGCUUCACGGCCACAGCCCUAGCCCCGACCCCGCCCCGUACAGCCUCACCGUGGACGGGUCCGCGGUCCAGCCCGGAGACCGCGUCACCGUGACGCUGCUGGCCAGCGACAGCUCCUCCCCGUUCAAAGGCUUCCUCCUGGAGGCCCGUGAUGCCGCGGCCCCCAACUCCACCGUGGCCUUGGGGUCCUUCAGCCUGCUGCAGCCCGGCGUCUCCCAGCUGCUGGGCUGCGGGGGCCGACAGGCGUCUGGUGUGAGUCACACCAGUGACUCAAAAAAACAUCAAGUGCAGGCGGUGUGGACCUGCCCCAAGGACUCGCCCCCCACCGUCCAGUUCUUCGCUACGGUGGUCCAGAAGAAAAAGCUGUACUGGGUCCAGGUACCGGGCCCGGUGGUGGCCGUUACCGGGGCUGCUUCAACCACAGCUGGGGUCCUCACCCCCCCCACCACGGCCGCCGGCCUUCCCGCUCCGUUCAGCUCAGAGGGCUGUGGACACAACAAGUCCUGCCUCAGGGAGCCAGCGGGCUGCCGUCCAGAGAACGACCGGGACUGCUUCUUCCUGUCCUUCCGCCCGGACGCCAUCGGGGGCAGCGCGCUGUUCGAGCUCAGCGGCCCGGCGGAGGGAUACGUGGCGCUGGGCCUCUCGCUGGACACCUGGAUGGGCAACGAUGACGUCUACUUGUGCAUUCAAGACCAAGGCCGGGUCCACAUCCAGGCCGCCUACGUCUCCGGACGGACCCGCCCUGAGCCGGCUCCUGAGGGGACCCUGCGGGACCAGGUCGGGGCCGUGACCGACGGGGUCAUCCAGUGUCGUUUCCGUAGAGACGUCCGCAUCCCUCAGACGGACCAGAGGUUUGACCUGGACCAGAGCUACUUCCUGUUCCUGGCCCACGGCAGAUAUGAAAACGGCUCCACUAGGAGGCACCACAGACAGCCUCUGAUCUCCAGUGUCAGAGCGCUGGUCGUUGGACCCCCUGUCGACCUCUCUGGCUCCCGCUCUCCGCUGAUCAUCAAGCUCCACGGGGUCAUUAUGCUGGCUGCUUGGAUGUGGGUCGUCAGCACGGGCGUCCUCUUCGCCCGACACUUCAGACACGUGUGGCCAGACGUUCUGCUGAGAGGAGGCAAGGUGUGGUUCCAGGUACACCGAGGCCUGAUGCUGCUGGCAGUCAGCCUCAUCAGUGUGGCCUUCACCCUUCCGUUCCUGUACCGAGGAGGCUGGAGCAAACAUGCAGGCUACCAUCCAUACAUGGGCUGUGCUGUCCUGGGCCUCUGCAUCGUCCAGCCAAUCAUAGCCCUGUUCAGACCUGCUCCCCUGUCCCCCAGGAGGCGUCUCUUCAACCUGGUUCAUCGCUCAGCAGGCCGCUGGCUGCAGGUGCAGGCUGUGGUGUGUGUGUACCUGGGCUUCCGGCAGCAGGCCCUGCUGCUGCAGGGCCCCCAGGCCACAGGGGCCCUGGUGGGCUGGGGGCUCUGGAUCACGCUGGCUGAACUGGGGCUGCACUUCCACUCCAUCUCCCCGGCCAGGGCAAACAAAGUCGUUCAGCACAUGGCCACAUGGUUUUCAUCUGCUGGGAACACUGGGGACAAUGACGACCUCCCCCUCGUCACACUGGAGGACCCAAGCCCACCACAGACGUACGUGUUUGAGAAGACGCUGAUGCUCGUGUUCCAGCUGGGAAACAUCUCGUUCUUCGGGGUCCUGGUGAACGCUGUAGCGAAGGUUUAGCUCUGGUUCCUCUGGUCCUGGUGAACGCUGUAGCGAAGGUUUAGCUCUGGUUCCUCUGGUCCUGGUGAACGCUGUAGAGAAGGUUUAGCUCUGGUUCCUCUGGUCCUGGUGAACGCUGUAGCGAAGGUUUAGCUCUGGUUCCUCUGGUCCUGGUGAACGCUGUAGCGAAGGUUUAGCUCUGGUUCCUCUGGUCCUGGUGAUCGCUGUAGCGAAGGUUUAGCUCUGGUUCCUCUGGUCCUGGUGAACGCUGUAGCAAAGGUUUAGCUCUGGUUACUCUGGUCCUGGUGAACGCUGUAGCGAAGGUCUAGCUCUGGUUCCUCUGGUCCUGGUGAACGCUGUAGUGAAGGUUUAGCUCUGGUUACUCUGGUCCUGGUGAACGCUGUAUUGAAGGUUUAGCUCUGCUCAACCUCACACAGAACAGGCUUUAUUAAUGGAAAGGAAUUUUAACUAUGCAUUUAUUGAAAGGUACUUUAAUGUGUUUUAGUGGACACAGAUUGUGUAGGUGCGUUAUAAGUACACAAUUAUUUUAAGUAUUGGAAUAAUACUAAUGCUCAUAAAUCUGUACAUAUUUGUGAUACACAUUGUGAAACAUUUGUAAUAGGGGUGUAUGUGUUUUAAACAAUUUUAUAACAAAAUUCAUCAUCACCUAAAUAUGAUGAACUAUUCCAUGCUCAUCUAAUUCCUUCUUCUGAACACAAACAAAACCUUUAUAAUUAAUAAACACAAAAGGCAGAACUUGACCUGUUUCUCAUCAUUAUUUAUUGUUGCAUGAAUCUCUUUGAAUACUCAACACAUACAUAUACAGAGAUAAAGCCCCCGUAUACUUUAAUAACGAGGUUGAUAAUAACAGAAACAGAAGCCUCUUUUGAGCUCACCUUAUCCGUCACUUUGAGUACAGAAUGGUUGUUUGUAGUGAGCCUUAAGGAAUUAGCAUACAGACAGGAUGUAAACAACGCCGUUAACGGUAACAAAUGCUUUAUUUUCGUUAGCUAGAGAAGAUAAUGUGGAGGAUCCCUAAAACACUGUCACUGUUCUAGACAUGUUUAUUGUUUGCUGAUUAUUAUUCUUUAAAUAGUUUUUUUUAUGAUAGUGACAUGAAAGUAAAUAGCCUUUAGAGGAAACUCUUAAAUCUCUUUAAAUCUUUAAAGACUUCAAAUAUAUAUACUUCAUCCAUUCACAAUACUCUUGAGAGUUUUGAUGAUAACAAUAUAAAUGCAGUGCUUAAUUGAUUUCCAUUAAAUUGAUUUUGUCAUGUUAAAUUCCCUCUUUCAAACCUUUUUCAAAAGUAUGACCCUUUAGAAUUGAUCAUUGACCCCUUGAUCAGCCUACUAAAGUGUUCUCGUAAGAUAGCAGAGGUAAAGGCUUUGUGCUUUCAGGGUGCAUGGAGUUCAAAAAUCGUUGUACAUCUCAAAAAUACAUUUUGGAUUGUCAUAUUUUACGAAAAAAUACAUGUAAGCUAUUAAAGAUUAGAGCUGUUCUCAAGCUGCCUUUGAUCUCCGGGUUUAUAAUAUUCUCUUGGUACUGAAGAUCAUCCAGCUAUUCAUUUGCAGCAAAUAAAAUCACAGUACAAAAAUACAUUAAAUAUACAUAUAUAGCGACGUAGCCUCUAUUGCCUUUAGCGCAAUAGACAAAAUGUCAAAAUGUUUUCUUCUUUUGAAUGUUUUACAUUUGUAAAUGUUAGCAAAUUGUGGCCUAAACAAUACAUUCAUUUAACUAUCAGGCAUCUUGGAAAACAGUUGAACACACUGCAAAUACUCUUCUUCUACAAAUCUAACCUAUUAAGGCCCCAGUCUGUACACAACUAUGGUGGUGUAUUGUUUUGUAAUUGAUUAGCCAGUUGUUUCUCUUUUCCAAAAUCCAGGAAGGAUCACAAUAUUUUUGCAUGAAGAACCACAGAAGCAAAGCGUAUGUUGUGUCGCGACACAAGAACAAACACUGCGUAAGACACAGAGACAUGGGUAGUACGCAUACGAUGUAACGCCUUCCCCAAUGUAACGCCUCAGUCGGCCUUCUCCUCUGCGAACUCCCCGGCCUCCCAUCGGAGGGCCAUGGCACUCUUACGUCGUUCUUUGCUGUAGACGUCUGGGAACUGAGCAAGAACAUUUCCUUGUGUUGGUCUCAUGUCGGUGCUGGUUUCACCGCCCCUCCACCCCACAUCAUUCUCUUUAAUCCUGUCCUUUUCUCUACCUCACUUUUGAGGCGCUGCGACUAAAUUAACUGAAGUUGAAGAUUCAAUAAUCAUACCUUUUAUUAUCAUUCUUACUUUGUUACGUGUAGGUUUUGAAGGUCACUACCCCGUGAAUGUGACCCAUGAUAGUAACGGUUAUUUAAAGAUGGCAUAUUAUACCACCAGGUGCGAGUGGGAUUAGCAGUUACAAGCCGUUUUUAAAAUCUGCCUCUUCUGACAGCAAAGUGUCAGUGUCCACCUAGAUGUGUAACGGAUAUAAGAGCAACGUUUGCUACAGACAACUGGGUAGGCUGGUAGACUGAUCUAUCAGGCACACAUCUAGGUGGAGACGCCCACUUAUGAUGUCAAAAGAGGCAGAUUGUAACGGCAAAUCACACUCACACCUGGUGGUAUAAUAUGCCACCUUUAACCGUUACGGAGUCAGCUUGUACUUUCUUUCUGCUACAGCUAUAGAUGCCCGUAAGGGUCUAUGGGUCUAACCGUCCUUACUGGUUGAGAG